AGAGAGGGAGAUUGCAUCUAUGCACAGUGAGUAGAGCGGAUGGAGGUCUUAGAUGUAUACAUGUAGAUGGUGACUUGGAGGAGCCCGUAGUUUUUCUCCAUCUCGUCUUCUGAGUCGAGUGUACUCCAAUAUUGCCGCAUAUAAAUACACAGUGUUUCUUGCGUGCGGAGCCGGUUUAUCGUGCCUCCCUAUUGCAAGUCGUGCAGUGCUGGAUAUGACAGGUGGCGACAUCGGGACGUACAGAAGCUGCACUAUGGCCAGUGCGAUCGUGUUUAUGUUGUCGGUGGCUGUUCUUGUCCAAGUUUCAAACUGUGGUCAUUUCAGCGGACAGUGUCACCCAAAUUUCUACAAGACGCCAACUUGUUUGGACACACCGGGGGCGUAUUUCUGCGAGUGUGGGGCCGGGUUCGACUGGAACAGCCAGCAAUGCAUAGCCUUGUCCAUAGACUCGCGUCUCGACUACACAAACAUCAGCAACAGUGCCCUCGUGAGCUAUGCCGUCCUCCUCGGCAAGAACUUCCCCUCCCUCCAGGCCUUCACGGUCGGCCUUUGGCUCCGCCUCAACUCCGCCAACGAGGGGGAGAGCGGGCGGAACAGCAGCAUUCUCUCCUAUGGCUUCUCGAGUCGGAACAGCGAGGAGCUGUGGAUCGGACUCGGGAGCAGUUUCAUCAUGCGGAUAAGAGGGAAGCAGUCGGCCGUUAAGCUCAGGCAGCAACUACCUCGUGACAAAUGGUUGCAUUUUGUCUGCACAUGGAAUAGCGAAGGUGGUCUUUGGUCGUUGUUCGUUGAUGGGCGCCUCAUCAUCGAAGGGGAGAACCUCGCGACGGGCGAGACCAUCCGAGCCGGCGGGGAGCUGGAAGUCGGCAUUCGUCGCGACCGCAACUUCACCGAGAAGACGGACAAGACGAUCGGCAACAAGCUCGUCAACUCUUCCUUCGACAGGGCGGUGUCGUUCAAGGGCGAGAUCAGCUACUUAAACAUGUGGAAGGGUGCCCUGGAGGCGAGUCAUAUCGCUGACAUGCACCAGGACUGUACCUUCAACUACUGCGGAGACGUGGUGGAAUGGGUGGAUUUCAGGAUCGGGACCAGAGGAAGUCUGAAGUUACGCUGGCCGUCUGGGGUCUUUGAUUCCUGCAUUCGAGACAAAGAGGAAGGGUGCGACACUUACUGCACUAAAACAAUCGGACCCCAGUGUAAACAGGAGUUUGCAGAAAAUAUCGAGUGGAACCACACGCCUGUGGGUAAGCGAGCUUCCAUGCCGUGCCCAGGUGACUUCAAUGGUCCCCUUGUGAAGGAUGCCUCGGGGACGUAUCAGAGUGUGGACACCAGACGAGGUUAUCGGAAGUGCCUGAAUGAGGCGGGACUGUGGGGAGAAGCGGACGUUUCUGAAUGCCUUGGGGAAGACACAAGAAGGCUGAAUAAUAAGAUUAAAAUGUUGUUAAACAACACGACGGAGGAGGGGCCGCUAUCGAACCGGUCUCGGCUUCUAGAGCUCCUAGAGGAGCUUCACCGGGAUGCGGUCCAGUAUCGCUCUAACCCGUCUGACAUCACGGCCGAUAUAGAGGGCGUCCGCAUGCUCUCUCUGCUCCAGAACGCCUCACUGGGCCUGGAAGACGACGGCAUCAACGCAUCGAUACGAGAGGGCCAGGGUUAUACAAGCAUGGAAGAGACAUUGCAGUUUGUCACGGUUGCGUGCAACAUCUUUGACAUAAUCCUGGACGAGAGGAACAAUCCGGGCUGGCGUCGGACGGCGCCACGAGGAGCCGAGGCCAUCAAGGUUCUGAAGGCCGUCCAUGAAUUCACUGACAUGGUCGCUAACAGCUUGUUGUUACACAUCAGAGCAGAGACCUUAAAACCAAGCGAAUGGUCCAUCACACGCAUCGGUUCCAAUUUCGCAUUUCACAUUCGAAUCGUGAAGCCAGAGAGUUUCGAGGGCCUUGUGUUACCGGACAGCUCGCCCGGUAUGGCGUCACUGAACGACAAAGAUGGAUACAUCGAUCUGCCAGAGACACUGUUUGAGGAAGCACCACUAGACGGCUGGCCGGAACAUGUGGCCAUAUCCUACACCAGGUACAACACUACCUUGCCCGAGUACUUGCCAAACCAUCCGGAGCCUGUCAUUGUGAAGUUCUACCGCGACAAAAUGAAGGAGCACCUUCACAAACACGACAACUUAAACAGCGUCGUCAUGGCAACCAGGGUGCACACCAAGAAAGGCCCCAUCGUCUUCAGUAACUCCUCAGAUCCGAUAAGUUACGUCAUGAAAUUCCGAAAGCUUAUGAAUAUCUCAAACCCAGAAUGCGUCACCCUUGGGGGUAAUCCUUUACCCAACGAGUGGGAGUGGGUGCAGCAAGGCUGCGAGGUGACGGAAAGCGACGGGGAGCAUGCUCAGUGCAGCUGCACCCAUCUUGGGGUCUUCGCCAUAACGACCGACAUGUACGACACUAAGUGGAGGCCGGAGGACCCGCCACGCUUUACGCUGACCGUAGCGUCCUACAUCGGCAUCUUGGUGUCGCUCUGUCUCUUCACAACGUCUAUGGCUGUCUUCAUAUAUCUCAGAUGUGAGACGGACACCGUUGCCGUGCAUCGUAACCUGGCUAUAUCCAUGAUCUGUCUACAACUCUGUUACUUUAUUGGAAUCACACGUGAUGAGAAUGAGACGGUCUGCAAGGUCUUCGCCAUCUCUAUCCACUUCUUCUUCCUGGCCACCUUUGCGUGGAUCUGUAACGAGGCAUUUAACCUCUACAUGGAGGUGGUCAACUCAAUCCAUGCCGACACACAGCAACAACGUUCUAUGCUGCGGUACUACAUCAUAGGAUACUUGUUUCCGGCUGUCCUUGUUGGUGCGGUGGCUAAGGUCAAAUGGGAUAACUACUUCUCUUCGGAUGUAUGUCUUUUGGAUCCUGUGCAUAUCUGGUAUUUGAUUGGACCAGCGUUGGGGCUCUCCGCGGUGACGGUGUUUGUCUUGGUGUAUACUGGUAAAGCCAUUAUGGAGAGUUCAUACUCGAAGGAUAGAGAGGCAAAUAAAAUCAUCGGGAAUCACUGUAAAGGCUGCUGGAUUCAGGGAGUUCUGAUGCUGAUAGCCUGGGCGUUUGCUAUCCUCUCCAUCAUGAUGUACAGCAUGAUACCUCAGAUACUCUUUGCCAUGUUCAACAUACUACAGGGGGCGUUUUUCUUUGUGUUCUUCUGUGUACUGAACGGGGAGGUCGUGGAGAUCCUGGCGGAACGUCGCUCGACGCUCGGCCUGACCGUUACGCCAAGCAUUCCGCGCUCUACCAAGUACAGCGUCUACCGUCGAUACGUUCCAAUCAAGGCUCUAGUAGGUACUGGAAAAUCAAAGAGGACCCAGCCUGUACCCCCGGCUGACACCCCGGCCAGCCCCAAGGAGGCGCGGCACCGCACCCCCUCCAGCGGUGACACCUCCCCCGACCUCAGGAACGAGGAGAUGUUAGGAGUCAAGGGACACCGAUUUGUAGCGGGGACCAGUUCGGGGCCAGACUCGCCCCUGAUCGGCAUGAGUAGUGCGCAGCUACAGAGGAAGUUUAAAGGGAAGAGACCUCGAACCGAAGAGACGAGUUUGGACGUCAUGGCCAUCCGGCCACCAAGCGGAUCCGUCACAGAGAUAGACGCUGGCGACAUUGUCACGACAGUCUGAUCAGCAGUGACGUUAAGUAGCAUUUUGAUCGAAAUAGAAAUUAAAUUUUACUAAACAUAAUUUCAUCACCCUAACUUACCCUAACUUAAACUGUCCCCUAACACACCAUCAAAAUUCAACCUCAUGUUUCACUUGAUUUUGUUGGACUGAGCUCUGCACUAGUAUUAUGACUGCGCUUUACAAAGGAUCAGGCAUACCGUCCGCCAUAAAUCAAAUUCCAACAGUUUGGAUGUUGAGUUACUGAAUAGUGUUGUGCUGAGGACUGCACUAGUAAACGUACAUAUCAUGUUUUUACAUGGGAUGAGGCAUACCACCUUAAUCAGAGUCCGCUUUAAUUUAAUUCUUAAUUAAUAAUUCUAUCUGCACCUGACACACAAAUUCCUGUUGCCUAAGUCAACGCAUGCGCUCACACGCAGUGCGUACAUCUUCAACCAUUUGAAGGCUGCACUUUAUAAGGAAGUAGAAGAAGAACAUUUUGGGUGUUGAGUUACUGAAUAGUGUUGGACUGAGGACUGCACUCGUAAACUGAUUAUGCUUUCAUGGGAUCAGGCAUACCACCAUAAUCAGAGUCCAGCAUUUUGCUGUUGACUUGUUAUAAUAAUGGUGUAGGAUUUUGCUAGAGUGAGGAAGGAUUCUUGUAAAUCACUCAAGGGAGUAGGGUGAACGAUAAUGUUGGAACUUUGAACUAUACUCGGAUCAACGCAGUAAUUUUUGUUUUAUCAAAAAUCAAAUUUAAAACUCCUGUGUCACGUCACAAAAUUUACUCAAAAGCAGUAGGUAUAAUUAUAGCUGGACAAGUUUUAGAUAUAAACAUGGUAAGUUGUUAUCAGAGCUAAACAAUACGAGUUGAACUAUUCUUUGACCCUCACUCCCUCAAAUCUUUCAAAAGCCGUUGCUUGUUUGGUCUGGACCAGUACAAGUUCUUUAAGAACGAAACAGAAUGAGCUCCUUGCAGAAAUAAACAGGGUAAGUUCCUAUCAGAACUGAACUAAAUAAUACAAGUUAUUUUAUAACUUAACAAUAUAGUUCUUUAAGAACUAAACAUGACGAGUUAUUUAAGAACUAAACGGGGUAAGUUCUUUAAGAACUAAACAGGGUAAGUUCUUAUCCGAACUAAACAAUACAAGUUCUUUAAUAACUACCAAAAAAAAACCGAGUUCUUUAAGAACAAAACAGGAAAUUAUUCAGACGUUCUCAAAAUCAUUUAAAAAAACUACAGCAAUUUUAAGCGUAGAUAAUUUCUCAGGUGAUUCUACUCCGUUUUGAGUCAAAUAAACCUACACCGUAGAGAAGGUGCUUCCUGUCUAAGGGCCUUUCUCAAACCUCGGCUUGGGCUCAGGCUUAGGCUUGGCCUUUAACCUGUAUUUAUGAGCAGCACGUAUUGCACGAACACCAGCAUGCGGAGCCUGCGCCGGAACCCAAGCCGAGGUUUGUGAAAGGCCCUAGUUCGCAAAAACCUUGAAACUCCACAGAAUGCUUUGUAGGUAAUGUCUGAACAUUUUUUGCUCUGUGGUCCACACUUGGUGUGUUAUGUAAAUUCAGUACAAAUAUUAUGUGUAGUUAACGACUAUGUUUAUUUAGCACCAAAGAAUUGUAUACCUUGAUUUUUUUUAUUUUACCGCAACAACUGAAAUUGAACUUCACAAGGAACCGUCUAGUUCUCAAGUUUCUUCCUUGCUAGGUUUCGUAGUCAGGCCUGAUACUGAUACUUCACGGAGGCAACGGAGGCAAUUGCCUCCAUGCCCUGGUUGUUGCCUCAAUGCCCCUGAAAUUUUCCUGUAGAAAUGACCCUCAUAGAGGCGCCCUUUUUAGUAACGAAAAAUGUAUUUUGGCCCCUGAAUGAGCUUACGUGUUAGGCCUGUAUGUAGCUCUCCUGGGCACUGUUUCAUAGAGCUGCUUAAGCAGGAAAUAAGUACUUACCAGUUUCCUGCUGAGCAAAAGUGAACAAGGUACCAGUCACAGAUGCUUCAUGUAGCAUAGUAUUUCCGCUGGUUACCUUAUUCUGUUAAGCACACUUUGUUGUUGUUAGCUACUCUAUGUGUUUAAGCUACUCUAUGUGUUUGCGCAGCUCCAUGAACUUGGGCAAAGAGGCUCAGUUUCAUAAAGCUGUCUAAAGCAGAAAAUAUUGCUGAGCAUUUUUCUGCUUAGCGAAAUUGUGUAGGACACCAGUUAGAAAUGGUACAUGGUAGAUGGUAUUGUAGCUGGUAACCUUAAUCUGGUAAGCAUAAUUUGCUGUGCUUGGCUAGUUUUUGUAAAGCAGCUCUAUGAUAAAAUGUAGGUCCUGGUUUGAAAGUGUACUUUGUGUUUAGAGGUGGGGUAUUUUUUAAUGAUGUGCAUGUAGUUAAGCAUUAACUGGUACUUACUUCAGAGGCUUUGCAGAUGUAUAUAUAGUUUAGCAGAUGAGACCAUUUUUAUGGUGUCUGACUGUUUUUGUACUUAGGUGGCAGAAGGCAGAAUAUAAAACUGUCCAAUAAAUUUCGGCUCAAAUUGUCCAACAAUCUUCCGCUGAAAUAUUUUAAUGGAGAGAAUUUUUUUAUGUUUAAAGGUAAAGUGUAAUAUGCGUAUUGUACGCACUUCUUUUUCUUGUCAAUGUAUUGCUUGUACGGUUUGUUUUAUCUUAGAGAUGUACAUCUGUAGGAGCAUUCGAACUUGGGUUUACUUGGUGUUUGUUUGUUAUGUAGACGUUUCCAUUGGAAGGAAUACACAUUGAUAUGGAUUCAAAUAGAGGUAACUUGGCUUCCAUUUGAUCGUACACACACUUGGAUAAACUGCCGGGGCAUUGAGCACCAGUUGUACAUGAGGGACUUUUCGUUUUCAACGACGGAUGGUUCUGCGACGGUAAAGAUGACAUUUGGCGUCAUCUGCGCAUGCGUC